AGGUCUGCUGGAAGCAGAUGCGAUUCCAGAAAUUGGCUUCGGGAAGGGUUUUCUUCCCCCUCUCCCGUUCUCUCUCUCUCUCUCUCUCUCUGCUCCUUCCCGCUCCUCCGCGGGCCGGAGGGGGAAGGCGAGGGAAAGGGAAAACGAAACCCCGAAGGAAAUGAGAAGCAGCUUCGGCGCUGCCCCGCUGGCCGCCGGCCAGGAGGGGUUUGGAGGCGGCGUGAGCAGCCUCGGCGCCGUUUUCCCUCUUGCCGAGAUCCCCCAGUCGGGAUCCCAAAUCCUGGGAUCCUCCAAGGCAGGAAGGAGCGCGGUCAGCAGGGCUGGAGAGGCUUCGUUGCGGGCUUUGAGGCGAACCGCCGUGUCCACCCCCCCACCCCCGUCCCCCGCCAAGCCCUUCUCGGGGGAUCUCCAGAAAACAGGAAAAACCCCCUUGGAAAAACAACCCCAGCGGGCUCAGGAACACCCCAGAGAAUUCCUCACCUGGCAAGCGUCUCCGCCAUGGCCACCGUGCUGUCGCGGCGCCUCGGGAAGCGCUCCCUGCUCGGCACCCGCGUCGCCGCUCCCGACGGGAUCCUGGCGGCUUCCCAGAUUCCCGAGCUGGGCCGGGCGCCCGCCCCACACGAGGACGGAUCCUGCUCCCGGGCGCUGGAGGAGAGCGGCCGAGCCCCCGCGUUCCCGAAUCCCGGCCUCCGGCAGCUCCGCGGGCAAGCAGGUCCUCCUCACCGCCCUGGAUGAGCCGAGCCAGGGAUUCCCGGCGUGCUGGAGGGUGCCGGACGCGCUCCAGCCUCCGUCCCUGCCCGAUUCCAUGAAUCCCGGCCCCUCCGAGGCGCUCCAGAGAUCCGUGUCCAGCAGCAUCGACGUUCCCAAGAGGAAAGCCGACGCGGCGGUGGAGAUGGACGAGAUGGUGGCGGCCAUGGUGCUGACGAGCCUCUCGUGCAGCCCCGCGGUGCGGAGCCCUCCCGGCGGCGACGGCGGCGGCCUCCCCCCGCCACGGGCCGCGUGCGAGGCGUGGAAGGAGAGCGGGGACGUGUCGGACAGCGGCAGCAGCAGCAGCGGCCGCGGCAGCGCCGGCAGCGCCGCCCCGUCCCCGCCGCGGCCCUCGGGCACCGCCCGCAGCUCGCCCGCGGCCGACGACGGCUUCGACACCGACUGCGAGCCCUUCCCGAGGGACGAGCCGGCUCCGCGCAGGAGGAAGAACUCGGUGGUGUUCAAGUGCCUGUGGCCCGGCUGCGGCAAAGAGCUGCGCUCCGUGGUGGGCAUCAAGCGCCACGUCCGCACGCGGCACCUGCGGGACGGUCCCGACUCGGAGCACCGCAAGCAGGAGGAGGAUUUUUACUACACCGAGGUGCAGCUCAAGGAGGAGCCGCCCGCCGAGGUGCCCGCGGCCAGCCCCCGGUGCCAGCGCCGGUGCCAGCGCCGGUGCCACCAGCCCCGCGUCCUGCUCCGCCCCCAUCGCCAUCCGCCCGGCGCUGGCCCCGCCGGAGCCCGGCCCGUGCCCGCCCGCCCUGAGCCACUCGGCGCCCGGCUCCUUCUGGCACAUCCAGGCCGACCACGCCUACCAGGCGCUGCCUCCAUCCAAAUCCCGGUGUCCCCCCACAUCUUCACCAGCAUCAGCUGGGCCGCCGCCACCUCCACCCUGCCGUCCCUGUCACCGGUGAGGAGCCGCUCCCUGAGCCUCAGCGAGCCCCAGGCGCCGCCGCCGCUGCUCCAGCCCCAGCUGCUCGUGGCCUCCCCGCCCCGCGUCUCCCUCAGCACCAGGAAAGUCCGCGGCGAAGCCAAGAAAUGCCGCAAGGUUUACGGCAUCGAGCACCGGGAUCAGUGGUGCACGGCCUGCCGCUGGAAAAAGGCCUGCCAGCGCUUCCUGGACUGAGACCUGCUCCCAUCCUUCUCUCUUCCCACCUGGAAUUCCCACGGGAAUCCUGGAAUUCCCACGAGAAUCCGGGAAUCCCUCACUGCUGCAAGCAGGGACCGUGGAGGUCCCUCCCGGCACAGCCCGGCGGCGCCUCCGGAGCUGCGUAAAUCCCUCCUCCUGUACAUUCUACACCCGGGGUGGCUUUAUUUUAUAUAUAAAAAAAACCCCCUUUUUUCCA